AUGGAGUUGAAGGUCUGGGUCGAGGGAAUACAAAGGAUUGUUUGUGGGGUUACAGAGACUACAACCUGCCAGGAUGUAGUUUUUGCAUUAGCUCAUGCCACUGGAAAAGUAGGCAGAUUUACACUAAUAGAACGCUGGCGAAAUAAUGAACGACUACUGGCACCACAAGAAUAUCCUCUCAAGAUUUUAAUUAAAUGGGGUGAAUAUUCAAAUGACAUACAAUUUAUAUUGAGACGGUCAGAUUCUAGCAACAAUCAGAAACCUCAGGCAACAAACAGUUCAAGAUCACCUAUAGGAAAUGGGGGCCAUAACGCAUCAAAUCCUAAUAUACUGGACUCACAGCAUUCACCAAACCGUAUGAACACAACACCACCUUAUAACAAUAACAAUGUCAACAACACAUCUCCUGGUAACCCUGUGGGGGUGGUCAAAGGAGUGCAGCAAGCUAAAACACCUGAAUCUAAUAGCCCUGUGUUGAAAGACGUGCCACCAUACAGAGAGCCUCCCCCGCCGUACCGAUCACCACCGCCACCUUCACAAGCAGUUCGCAAAUCCCCCAACCGCUUGCGAAGCACGCGUCCCUCACACAUGUCGCCAGUCAACUUGCCAGAAGAAGUACAAGAUAACCGGACUCCUGAGGCGGUUAGCUACAACAGCCAGUACAGAGAACUCGUGUCUUUAGUCAACUAUCAGAGAGAAAAGCUGUCCAGUCAGCAAGUAGAUCUUAUUAAGUAUGAUGCUGAAAUUGGAUACUGGGAGAAUAAGGGCCGCGAACAGGAGCGUCAAGUGGAACUACUACAACAACAAAUUAGUUCUGCUGAUAAUCAACUACGAAUCAGUACGGAACAGGUCCAAUCACUGAACUAUGUCGAAGAGGAAAGUGAAAUAGUAAAGCAGAACGAGAAGACGUUGAAAGCAGAGAUUGUACUGGUGCGGUCAAAGUUAGCAAACUGUGAGACAGAGUUAUUACAAUGCAAAAAUAAAAUAAGAAAAAUCAUGGAAGAAAUUCACAACGAACAGAGACUUAUAAACAGUCGCCAGCAGGAAAAUAGACAAGCACUGGAGCGAUCAAUGCUUGCUGAGAUGGAAAAUUUACAAACUCAAAUACAGCAAGCGAAACAUGCCACCGAAAUUAAUAAUCUCACCGCAGAGAACUUGAAACGAGAGGUAGGUGUGUUAGAAAAUGCCAUAAUGGAAAAGAAGCGUCAAGUGGAAAGAUUGGUUCAAGAAAUGAAGGAAGCUAAUUUACAAAGUCUCACUGGAAGUGUGGAUGAGUUACGACAUCCUUUAGACGGUUUAUGUAAAGCCGGGAGUGCCCGCCGGAUCAUCGGGUCUCCGAGACAGCUGGAAAACGCGGCACCUACCAAUAAGAACCCCCACGGAGUUUGGGUGUAA